UUAAAAUUGUUAUUUUCAACCUAUCAUUUUCGUCAACCACGCGCUAAGGAUAUUCUGGAACUGCAGCCCAACCCAAUGGCAAUAUAUAUAGCUCAACUUCUCAUCAAGGAAUUAUCAAAAACGUAAAUAAACAGUUAAGCUUCGUAUAUUCAGUUUUGGUGUGUAAAGCUAGUAGCUUUGAUGGACAAACAACAACAAUACAAACGUGUAUUCACACAUUUGGACCAAAAUGGUGAUGGCAAACUAUCGCCACUGGAGCUCCAAGUUUGCAUGGGGAAGAUCGGUGAAGAGUUGUCGUUGGAGGAGGCGGAGAUGGUGGCGGAGUUGAUGGCCUCGGAAGGUAAUGGGUUGUUGAGCUUUGACGAUUUGGUUAAAGUGGUUGAAAGUGCAAAUGAGGAUGAGAAAGUGAAUGACUUAAAAAUGGCUUUUAAAAUGUAUGAAGAAGUAGAGGGGUGUGGUUGUAUAACUCCCAAAAGUUUGAGGAGAAUGCUUAGUAGAUUGGGCGAGUCGCGAACUGUCGAAGAGUGUGAGUUGAUGAUCGCGAAGUUUGACCUCGAUGGCAAUGGCGUUGUUGAUUUCGAUGAGUUUCAUCACAUGAUGGCAUGCUCGUGACUCGUGAGUUACACGAGUUUGAUACUAAUUGAUUCAACGUACAGAAAAAAUGAAUUUAUAGUUUGCAUGCAUGGUAUGAUUAACUGAGAUAUAUAUUUGAUUUAUUCAAUUCGUGUUAUUUCAUUUUUCUACGGAUCAUAGUUGCUUCUGUGAUUAGUGUAAUGUGAGUUGUUUUGUAUUUGUGAGGAUUCAUUUUUUCGAGUUGUAAAAGUCCUUUUACAAUUGGUUGUAUAAUUAAUACCAUUCUUAUAU